AAAUUGGACCAUCGAAACAGACCGACUUCUACGCAAUAUUACUUUCAAGAGUGAUCUUGCUUAAAGUAGUUUGAAAUGUAAUGUAUUUGCCUUAAUCUAUGUUUGAUAUACCUUACAAAGGGCCGUCAUUUUAUAUGACCGUAUUUGUGUGAUCUCCAGUGCAAAUUCGUUGUUCUGUGGUAGUGUAGUUUGUUUGCAAUAUUUGGCAUGUAGCUGGCGGGAAGUGAAAAUGUUAUCAUAUUUAUCCCUUUACGAUAUUUUCAUUAAUUAGCCAAAGGAAGAUGUCUUUUUAACCAGGGCGUGCCCCGCUUAAUGUUUUUGAAAAUCACGGUCGAUUAAUGUGAGAAAAGUACUUACACCGGGGCUUUUUCUGGAUGGUAGCGUCCCACUGGAAGGAUCCGCUGUGAGUCUGCUUUGUUUCUAAAACCAUACAUACAUUUUAUCUGCUCUCCCACAGGAGAAUUGUUUAACAAUUGCAAUGUGAGAUUUAUUAAUAUGUUAUCAUUCUUCGAUUAACAGCCAUCAGCCCUUUUUUGUCCCUUUUCUUUUAAAGCACUCUGACAUUUCCACCACAAUGUCUCAGUCAGAGACGUGUUGCAUUUGUGGGGUGAGGUUUGUGAGGGGGCCCAAGGGUUACAACAGGAGGAAAGUCACCACGCUGACCAGCCCCAAGACCUUCCAGCUAGUCUUUGACAUCACUCCUGAUGACUCAUCCUUCCUCUGCUGGGUCUGUCUUGGUGUGCUCAGAAGGAAAACCAAGCAGGAUGGGAAGCUUUGGACUUGGUCAGAUUUGCCAACAAAAGUUGGCAGACAUCGAAAGCCCUGUGCCGAAAUACCUAGCUCAUCCACAACAUUAUCCAAUCAAACUCCAAUUAUAACCAACCCAUCCUCGUUAUCCAUAGACGAGUGCAUUGCUUCUAAAAAAAACAAACGGAGGCCAGUUCGUCAGUGGGACGGGGAGAAAUGGACCACCUUGACAUCUCGUUCCCCAGAAUCCCAUUCAACGGCCAUCAGACGACCUCAAACGCCCAUAGCCACAACCACACACUCCUCUUCAACACCUUCAAAUCAAGUCAAUUCCUCCACAUUAUCAAGUCAAACUUCAAAUCAGAUCAGUUCUCUGUUCUCCUUUGGAGAGCGGACAACAAAAAGACGUCCGAAGGCUCCCCAACCUACAACAUGCUCCACACUCCAGUCUCCGUUCCCCGUUGACGAAGGUAUAAGGCCCAAGAAGAAGAAGCUCCCUUUCUCCAAGACUAAGCAGACCUAUGGGUUUGGCCCUCAUGCCAAGGCCCUGCAUUACAUGCACAGCCACCAGCACCUGAAGGCCUUCAGGUCCCUGAUGAAGACCAAAGCUAGGGAAGCCAUGACUAUUUUCCUCGCCGAGGUCAUCGCCCAGGAGAGUAAGGUAUUGAUGAAGGACCAACGUGGGCCGUUGCGUCAGCCGCUGACUGAGGCGAGUGUGAGUGGAUUUUCCUGGGACGCGGUUCUAGCGUGGGGGGAAGAAAAGGCCCCUAUGACCCUGGCCUGUCUUAGGGCCAUGUUCCCCAAACCCAACACCAUCGGGACACAGGUUAUGAUGGGAGCAAGGGAAAUUAAACGCCCGAGGACAGAAGAGGCGGCAGGUGAUAUGGUCAGCCAGAGGGCGGGGCUUAUCCUGGCCAUCGUCCUCUACACCUCCAUGCAGAAGUGCAACUUCAUCCAGGCCUCUCUGGGGGUCGAGUUCUGGAAACAGGGCUGUCCUCUCAGCGUGUUGAAAGCCCUCAGUGCCCUGGGGGUGUGUCCCGGUGCUGCCUCUACCAGGAGACACGCAGAGAGGCUGGCAACCGGCUUUGAUCCACCUCAGCAGGACCGGACAGAGGGGGGGGUGGUGGUGGUGGAGGAACCUGGGGACUCCUUUUGUAGAUCUGAGGAUGAGAGUUGUUCUGAAGAGUAUCCCAGUUCCUCUCCGACCCACUCUCUGAACCUGUUCUCAGACCAAUCCCACUCCAGAGACGGGUCCUCGUCCGAUCGGAGUUCCAGACCUGACUCCAGAUCUCGCUCCAGGAGCGACGACUACCAAGGCCCUACUCAGAGGCCUGACUCCCGGGAGUACCAGAAUUUGAUCAAAGAACAUGGUUACCACAAAGUCCAGAAACCUACAUUGAGUCGAUGGACGAAGAACAGUGAGGACAAAAGGGAGGCAAAGGAAAAACCUGUUCAAAACCCCAAGAGAAGGAAGAUGACAAAAAAGAAACCUGCUCAAUCGCCUCCAGUAGUAAACGCAACUGGCGCGCACCGUUCAGACACGGAGACUUCUCAUAUAAGUAAGGUAAACAUGGAAGUCGUUCAAACGUCUCAAGUAGACAACACACACGUGGAAGUCGUUCAAACGUCUCAAGUAGACAACACACACGUGGAAGUCGUUCAAACGUCUCAAGUAGACAACACACACGUGGAACUCGUUCAAACGUCUCAAGUAGACAACACACACGUGGAAGUCGUUCAAACGUCUCAAGUAGACAACACACACGUGGAAGUCGUUCAAACGUCUCAAGUAGACAACACACACGUGGAAGUCGUUCAAACGUCUCAAGUAGACAACACACACGUGGAAGUCGUUCAAACGUCUCAAGUAGACAACACACACGUGGAACUCGUUCAAACGUCUCAAGUAGACAACACACACGUGGAACCCGUUCAAACGUCUCAAGUAGACAACACACACGUGGAACCCGUUCAAUUGAGCGAUACAAACAAGAAACAUGCUCAUAUAAGUGAGACAAAUGUACAACCUGCUCAAAUGUCUGUAAUGAGCGAGACAAACAUGGAACAAAUUAAAAUGCCCAAAAGAGGCAGGCCAAGGAAGGAACUUGCUCAAAUGUCUGUAAUGAGCGGGACAUGCAUGGAACAAAUGAAGAUUCCUAAAAGAGGCAGGCCAAGGAAAGAACUUGCUCAAAUGUCUGUAAUGAGCGAGACAAACAUGGAACAAAUUAUAAUGCCCAAAAGAGGCAGGCCAAGGAAGGAACUUGCUCAAGUAAGUAAAACAAACAUAGAACACACUCAAAGUCCACAAAUAACCGACACACACUUGGAACCUGCUCACAAGCUCAGAAGUCCAAGGAAGAAACCUGUCCAAACGCCCCAGGUAACUGACACACAAAACAAACCCAUUCAAGUAAGCAAUCCAGACAUUAAACUUGCUGAGAUAAACAAAGAAUCAGUUGUACAGGCCAAGAAUGGGAGGCCAAAGAAGGGAUUUGUUCAAAUUCCACUAUUAACCGACACUUGCAUGAAACCCAUUCCGGUAAGCGAGGUAAACGCGGACACCACUUUAAUGCCCAGUAGCAUGAGAUCAAGGAAGAGACCCAGACAAGUUCCCCAAGUAUCCAACCAAGAACUAACUCAAAUGCCCAGAAUAACCCAAACCAACGAGGAACCCUCCGAAAUGCUUCAGAAAAUGGACACACGCAUGGCACCUGCUGCAACAUCUAAAAGAGGGCGGACAAGGAAGGGACCAAUUGAAAUGUCUCAAGAAACCGACUUAGACACAGAAGCCGGUCUAAUGCCUCAAGUUGGUGAAAUGAAUCAGCAACGUGUCGAAGGACGGGAAAUAAAUAAAGAACCCGCUGAACCCCAAAAACUCACUGGAAAGGCUAAAGUAAAUCAGAGAAAUAAAGCACCUGCAAAGACACCUGAAGAACUAGAUCAAAUGGAAUUAAUUUCAAAGCGCAAAAGAGGCAGGCCAAGGAAAGAACUUGCUCAAGUGAUCAACACAAGCAAGGAAACCCCUUCAAUGCAUAAAAUAAGCAAAACAGGCAAAGAACCUGCUCUUACCCGGGAAAUAAAAAUUAUUGUCAAUAGGAUGGAAAGCUGUAGUGCUGCUGAAAUGCCCCAAAUACGUGAGAUGAACAAUGAACCUGUUCAAAGACUGAGUGGGGGGUCAAUGGAGGGACUCGUUCAAAUGCCCCAAUUAAGCUGCACGGACAUGGAACCUGGUAAGUUAGGCAGGACCAUCAUGGAAACCACUUCAACGGCAGAGAGGACUGACAAAGAACCUGUUCGAAGGCCUCAAGCAAAUGAAACAAAAGCAGAACUUGCUCAAACGUCUCAGAUAAUGGAAACGAUAAAGGAACACAUUCAGGUAACCAACACAGACAAGGAAAGCGCUUCCGUGCCCAAAAGAAGCUGCACAGACAUAGAACUUGCUAAAAGGUACAAAAUGAGUGACUUUCAGACCCGGGUAAUAAGAAUAGUUGACACUAGGAUGAGGGCAAACGAAUCUGUUUCAAUGCUUCAAGUACACGACCCAAACCAGGACCCUGAACCUGCUGCAACACCUGAAAUAAUUGACACAAACAAACAAGCCCCGCGAGUGAUCAGAAUAGUUGUUAACAGGAGGAUACCGGCAGACGUAUGUAGUCACACCCGGAAAAGCCUGGAGUGCCUGGCUGAGGUAGCGGCCAAAUGUGCUCCAUUAGAUGUUAAAUCUGCCGAAGAGGAUGGAUAGGUAGGUAGACGCAUGUUACUUAUCAAAAUGACAAACUUCACAACCUGACGUCUCAGGAAUAUUUUUAUUUUUUUGUGGAAGGGUAUAACCCUAACCUAAGGGGUGGGGAAUAGUCUGCCUCUUGUCUUCUUCUGUAUUGGUUUUACUGUAAUUGUACAUACCAGGCCUUUGUCUUAGCAAUUGUCUUCUCCACCUUGUUCAUUUGAUAUGUACAUAAUCCCAGCAACCUUCUUGUGUUUUUUUUUGUCAUUGUGUCCACUGUGGAUUUAGUGUAUUUGUUAGUCUUAUUCCAUUUUGUAUUUAGUUGUUCUGGUUGUACUUCUGUGGUUGUUGACAAUGUAAUAUGUACAAUGUAAUAAUGUAUGUGUUUUGUAGAAAGGUUAUUCCUGCAGUCAUAGUAUCAUGCUAAUUUCAGGGUAUUUGUUUUCAUUACACUUACAAAUGUAAUUUCACUAAAAGCAAAGACUGUGAACCAAAACAGAUUUGCCCACUAAUCUUUAAACUAGAAAAUAAAUCGUUAGAAAACAACCACAGCGUUUAUUUUGACUCGAGGCUUUUCCUUUCAUACAGUUUUUGAUGUAUACAUUCUUGCAAUAAUAUUGCGUGGUAAUACUUGUGAUAAUUUUGUGUAUAUUGCUGUUGUCUUAUGUAAAAAUGAAGCUCACAGAAUAAACAGUACAAUUGUAUACAUGGAUACCAAUGCUUCAUAAUAAAACAUAUUUGAAACUAGAAAAACAA